AUGGGUGAGGAAGAUGAAAUGAAGAAAGCGUCCUGCUCCUGUUCAUCCAUAUGUUUUGAAUAUCCUCAGUCAAGUAUGAUGCAUCCAUUAAACAAAAGAAGAGGUUUGAUAGAAAAUAUAGGGCUUUGUGAGAAGAUAAUGGCUGAAAUGAUGCUGAAAGAAAAAAGAGAGGCCUUUCCUGAAAAAGAUUAUUGUGAUCAAAAAAGAAAAUCUACAGAAGCUUGCGUUUUUAAAGCACAUAAAAAUACGAAAACUAGUAUUUCACCGUUGUCUGUUCAAAAGAAAUACGACUCAAGGAAAACCCAUAAAGCUACAAAUCGCCAGGUACAUUCUGAAAAACGUCUGCCGAAGAGUUCUCCAGAUAUGGCAACAAAAUGCACAGAAGAAAAUAUAUCUUCUCUACUUUCACAUAUUUUAACAGACGGUAGCGGCCAGCCAACAAACGGAAAGCAAUCCGUUAAUUACCAUAUAUCCGCUGAAAUCCCAGAGCAAACAUUCAUUCAAAAACCAACGAAUCCAAUCAAUGUUGCAUCUAAAGAAACCGAUGAAGGGAUUCAACAAAUCGGCAAACGUUUAGCUGAUUCAGUUCAAGAUGUCAAUAGACUUAAUAGUCCAAUUACAAAAGCUUCUAAGUCAAUUCAGUGCUCAAUUGACAAACCAACUACAAAUUCUGUUGAAAUUCAUUGUGAUAUUUUAAGCGUAAUUAAAAAUGAUGAUUUCUCAUUCGUUCUCGAUGAGAACAGUAAAUUAAUUGCUCAACAGAAAGCACACAUUGAAUAUUUAAAGCAUGCUCUAUCAUCGGAACAAAAUAAAGUUCAAGGUCUACAUAGUCAGUUAUGCAAAAAUCAACUUGAAUUUGACAAAGCUAAAUUAGGCUGGUUGCAGAAAGAAAAUCAGUUUAAACUAGAAAAGGACCGGUUUCAUAGAAAGAUCUCUGUUGUUGUCAUUGCUAAAGAACAAGUAUCAAAAAAUCUUGAAAUUUCCCGCGAAUAUAUAAAACUUUUGAAAGAACGCAUUUUUAUGUUGGAACAGUGUUAUUCAAACAUAAUUCCGAAUCCACGUAACUCAGAGCAUUUUUCACAAGAACGAUCUGACAAUUUUCCAACAGAGCGAACGCAUUGCAAACGGUAUCUAAAAAAUAUUGAUUCAAUUAGAUCAACACCAGAUUUAUCAGCUACUUUUCCUACCUUAAGCAAACUUCUUUCUCUCAGUAGUGAAUAUCGAGAUCCUCAUGAAUGUCUGACACCAAAGGUUCUUCAGCGUCUAACUAAUCAACCAUGUCAAACGAACAAACGUGUUCACAACUACAACCGUUGCGGCACGAACCAAUUACAAAAUACAACCAGUUUUGACAAUUUAAAUGAAGGUGAUCGUAUUUCGGUGAAUUCAACGGCUUCAAGUUCAAACGACAUCCAAAAAUUAGUUAAUCACCAAGAAAUCAUAGAGCUUGAUGAUAAAUAUUCCUUAUCUUCUAGUGUAACCUCCAGUAUUUCCCCACUUCAAGUGAUUGACGAAAUGGAAUUUCAAGACAACUUAGCUCUUCUGGAUCAGCGGAUUAACAAUGUUCGGGAGUCACUCAGAUUGAACCCUGUAAUUUAAAAACAUAUACAUAAUUGACCAUCAGAAUAAACUGAUAAAACCGUGGGUAUACAACUUCAUAGAUAUCUUUUUUAUUUGACUAAAAUAGAAUUUUAUGGAUCUGCCAAUACUGUCUACGUAUUUGUAUAUUUACUCCAUACUGCCACGUUAUCCAACUAAGUAACUUGAAAGACUGAGCUGAGAGAAACCACAUCUAAUUAUUCUUUUUGUUACUAUUUUGUUGAUAUAGAAUAUCAUCUUUCUCUAUAAGAGUUAGUGAUACCUCGGACCAGGAAUUUAGAAUAGCAAUUUUCUGUGUGAAUGCUACAUAGUAGCAUGAAUAUUGGAUGGGUGAUAUGGUUCAAAGUCGACCACAAUGGCGUCGGAUUAUACACUAUCUGUCUUUCUUUAAAUUAUGAGAUAAAAAUCGCUUCAUAUCUUUCUUUC